AUGACAUCCGUCCCGUCGGUUAUCGAGAAGGAAGAUGCCAUCCCACAGGACAGAAUAGUCCUCGAAGAUCCUGAAGACCAAUGUACGGUGGACUGGUCCAGUCCCUUCAAGACCUGCUGGUGUGGCUGCUUUAACUUCAUGAUGCAGCUGAUCCUUGUUGCUGCUUGUGGCUCAUUUCUGUUUGGGUUUAAUUUAUCCCUGCUUAACACUGCUAUUGGCCACAUUGCCUGGGAGCUGGAAUGGUGUGAUUGGAGAGGCGGCACUGAAGAUGUCACCGACUGUACUGCAUACAAGAAUUACAGCGCUUUUAUCUCUACCGCAGUGUUUAUUGGAGCGGCUAUAGGUUCGAUGACUGGUGGUGUGUUCAUGGCCUUCGGUCGCCGAGGUAUGAUGCUAUUGUCGAUGGCUGUUUUCGUGUUCGGAAUAGUCUCGUCGUGCUGUGCCAAUUCGUUCUCGGCUCUCCUCUGGGCUCGGCUGGUCUGUGGUUACGCAGUUGGGUUAGUGUCCGUGUGCUGUCCUUGUUACAUGUCCGAGAUUACUCCUCCAGCGGUUAGAGGGAAGUACGGUGUGUUCCAUCAGCUCUUUGUGACCGUCGGUAUCCUUGUCGGAACCCUGAUUGGUUUGCCGAUUGCCUUGAAGUGCCCCAUUCCCAGUCUUAGCGACCAACCCGCCGUUAACAUAAACGGGAAGGUGGUCCGUCCUAUUCCCGACAUUGAAGUGUUUGCCAAGGUGUGGUGGAGAGUUAUGCUGGGUAUUGGUAUUAUUCCAGUAAUUUUUACGGCUUAUCUCCUCGGGUUCGUUUAUACCUUUGAGACGCCCUACUACUACGUUGAGAAAGGUCAGAUUCGUGAUGCAGAGGAAUUGCUGAAGAAGAUUACGAAGAAGUCGGACGUGACCGAGGAGUUGACGGAGAUUAGACAGAAUGUGGACGAGGCAAUGAGGGCUCAGGAAGCUGGCAUGACUCUUGGCCAGGCUUGGAAGUCGAGGUCUGAUUACCGCUGGGUUAUUUUUAUUGGAUGCUUGCUUUCAGCAUUCCAGCAGCUCGGCGGUAUCAAUGUGUUCAUCGCGUCUUCGAAUAAGCUGUUCCAGGACGCGGGUCUGAGCGGCAAAUGGCCCACCAUCAUGUCAAACAUCAUGAAUCUUGUGAACUGUGUGAUGACCUUGCCAGCUGUCCCCUUGAUUGAAAGAUUGGGAAGAAGGACUCUUAUGAUUAUUGGAACUGUUGGUAUGACCAUAGCUGUGGGACCGGCUGCGAUAUGCUAUCUUGCUUUGAAGGACGGCUCGAAGGUGACGCAGUGGUUGGCUAUCAUCGGCUGCAUUGUGUUUAUCAUCUUCUUCGCCGCCACUUACGGUCCCGUUCUGUGGGUGUACCUGUUCGAGAUCUACCCGAUUGAGAUCAAGGGUUCUGCUGCUGGCGCAGCGACAGCCGUCAACUGGAUUGCGGGUAUUAUUAUGGUGUUCGUCACAGCUUAUUUGGACAACAAGGAAUCGUACAUGAUCUUCUUCAUCAUGUGCGGUGUGUCUGCGGUUAUCGUUUUCCUAUGGAUGAAGGAGACGAAGGGACGUCAGCUUGGCGACUCUCCGUUCAUCAAAAACUGA